AUGUCUGGCGCGGUGUACGGGGCCGACUUGGGUGCCAACGGCGGCCCCGAGUAUGUCACCUACCUCUCCAAUGGGACCCAGCAGCAGGUCCCUUACACCCCCCAUCUCGCCCAGACCCCAACAGGCAUGCCCGGCAUGAUGCAACAGCAGCAGCAGCAGGGCAUGCCGAUGGGUGCCCAGCAAGGCUACCUUGCUCAUGGAUCCGGCGAGCCAUCCAUGCGUGAAAGCGUCGAGGGCAUCCCCCAGGUCCACCAUGUCCCACAUAUGAACGGCGUGCCCCAGCAGCAGGGCAUGCCCGGCCAGCACCAUUACUCGAUGCAAGCCGUGGCUCCCCAGCAGCACGGCUACGUCGGCGGGGUCCAGCACGUCCAGUACUACCCGGGCAUGCCGCAGCACACCGCUGCUGCCUUUCCGCAAAUGGCAACCCACGUCGCCGACUAUCGCUUUGGCGGUGCUCCACAGUUUGUCCUUGACCAGGGCUGGCACGGCCACGGCGAGUGGGAGGACGACUUUGACGAGAAUGGUGGAGCUGUCCUGUACGGAAACCUCGAGGUCAAGCACCGUCGCCGCACGACCCCCGAGCAGCUGCGCGUCUUGGAGCAUUGGUUUGCAAUCAACCCGCGUCCCGACAAUGCUCUGCGUGAGCGACUGGCUUACGAGCUGGGCAUCACCAAGCGAAACGUCCAAGUUUGGUUCCAAAACCGUCGAGCGAAGAUUAAGAAUCAAGAAAAGGCCGCGGCCGCCGCCGCCGAUGCAAAGAAGGAGGCUGAGAAGAACGGGUUGACGUCGCAAGACGAGGCCGAUGCUGUGGGACACGCACCAGCAGCAGGUGGACUCAAGGCUUCCCCGCCUACCCCGCUCAACUUGUCUGCAGGUGGACUGACACCCACCAACGGAAGUGUUGCCCCUCCAACACCCACAGACCCGUCCAAGACGCCAGUGCCCCACAAUCCCGGUACUCCAAACGCUCUGCCGCCUCCCAUGCAGCCCCCAGCCUCGAUUUCGCCUCGCCCAGCAUCAAGUGACCAGAGCAACAAGCCAUCUCUGCUCUUGCCUGGCGGCGGCCGACUGGACAUGAACCGUCGUGUGUCGUUGGCAGGCGGCGAUGUGGCUUCGGUCGAGCACUGGGUCCGCCAGCGCAAGCAACAAAUGGGCCACACUCCACCGCAGGCGUCUGUUUCGGCUAGCAACUCGCCCAUGGGUCUCGCAGCUGCGGCCAGGCGAAACAGUCAGCCAUACCCCACGCAGAUCAUCACAUCGCACAUUCCCGACGACCCCAAUGCGGCGGCCCUGUCGCGGUCGGCUCUGCCGAGCCCCAAGGUGUCGCCCAACGGCCGCAUGCCUGGGGCCCUCUUGUUCACGGCUAUGCGAAACAAUACGAUCCGCCGCGCAUCCAUGCCUGGUGGCGCCCAGCUCAUCUCCACCACGGCGUUCACCCCGCCCCGUGUUCCGUCGUUCAACCACCCAGUGUCGUCCUCGCAGCCCCAAUCGCGCAUCCUCGCUCGCGAGCUCAGCCCGAUCAAGGACCAGGACACCGAGAUCGACCCGUCGCUCCGCGGUGGUGUGCCAAUGACCUAUGUCACGCCUCCUCCCAGCGCGUACCCGUCAGACGGCUCGUACCUGUCUGUUCCCAGCUCUACCGAAUCGGCGUUCAUGUACUCUCUCAACCCCGGUCUGCCGUUUGCGCCCAACUCGCCGUUGCCCAACCCGUCAUUCUCGUUUGGUGGAACCCCAACCUCGGACGUUCCUGCCGCCCCCAUACACAACCAUGUCGGUGGCGGCAUGGGCAUGGACCAGGCUGGCACGUCGCCCGUCAAUGCCGACAAGGACCCCCAGCAUGCGUUGUACCUCGCCCUCCAGCGUGGCCGUCUCGGUUCCCUCGCAUCUGUCAACUCGGUGGCCACCAACGGCACCGACGGCGGCAGCACCGAGUGUGGCAGCGACGCCGAGUGGCCUCCCUUUGUUCCUCCUGGGUUUGACCCGGACAUUCGUCGUGCCUCGGCCCCCGCAGACCUGCUCCACAACAUUGGCCUGCUGGGCAUCUCGUCCAACUCGGCGGUGCAACCGAUGGCCCAGAACGCCGUCGACCAUGUCAACUCGUACGAGCUGUCGCUCCCUCCGCACCAAGGGUCCCACUCUGCCGGGCCCGUCAUGAGCAAUUCGUCGUCGACGCCAACCCUCGCUGGCGGUCCGUACAUUCCCGCCGCGAACGAGUCGCCCGUCCAGUCUUCGGCCGUGACGUCCGAGGGCCCCUCGCCAGGCGGCGCACACCCGAGCAUCAGCCACUCGCUCAUGCCGCCGCCUCCGCUGCCCUCGAACAGCAACACGAACACCCACAACCGCCACUCGCUGUACAGCUUUUCCGAGGUCCAGCAAUACUCGUCUCUUCCCUCGCAGUUCCCCUCUGUCCCCGACCCGUCGGUAUACACGAGCCUGUCGGGUCUGCCGUCGUCGUCCGCCGACGGCUCGUUUCCGUCCGAGUUUGACCUGGGCUUUGACCUGAACGACAACGAGGACAAGGACCAGUACGCGUUCCUCGCCGAGCUCACAAACGACAACACGUCAGACACUGUCAACGUGCUCGUUUAA